AUGUAUCCCCCAAGCCCACCGAGUUCAUUAUAUUCCUUUGGGGACGCCUCGAUAGAGGUCCAAUAUGGAAGUCCUCCCCCUAACCCACAAGAUUUGCAAGUCGACACCACAAGAGAUGACCAGAGCCAAGCUGAAAUAUCUGAAGCAGAAGCCAUGGGAGACGAAGAGAGCCGGCUAUUCGCUAUUGACCCCUUUGAAGGGACUGCUCUUGAAAGCGCACACAAUGUGCUACAAGAGCACGACAACGAACGUAUAAGCCCUGGACCCGAUUCGUCUGAUCAGACAGCCCCUCCCAGAAAGCGUCAGAGGUGUGAUGCUGAUAGCUCAUGUCCGCCCAUACUUCCGUUUCCGGCUACCCAUGGAAUAGGUGGCCAAGCUGCUGCAUCCGACCAUGAGCAGAAGCCUAAGCACGGUCUUGACGAAGAAGACAAAGUUGAGGCAGAGGGUGACGAAACUGCGGACAAAGUGCCGCAGAAUUAG